UUUCCUUCUUUCUGUCAGUCCUUCUUUGUAUUCUGCUUUUUCGUUUUUCGUUUUUCUUCUGGUUAUUCUUCCUUGUAUAGACAAUGCCCCAAAAUGCCCUCUCAGACACCCCCGUCGUACCUGCCCUCUCGCCCAGCUGGAACACUCGCCAGCUGGGAUCGCGCUUUGGCGUCGACGUCGCCAGCGCCGCUACGGCUGGAGCUUUGACGUGUCCAGCCAUCACCGUCAUCGACCGUGCCAUCAUCGAAAAAGCUGCCAAAGGCAUCCCUAUCCGUCAGACCAUCACCUCGUGCUUCCGAUCCAUGAUCUCCCAUCCCGGCGGCUUCUUCCUCAGCACCCCUUUCCUGCUCAUCUACACCCUUUACACCUCGACCUACCUGACCGCCAACGCCAUUGACACCGUCACCUCGACCCUGCGCAACCAGUCUUUCUCGACAGUGUUCCCCGGGACCGCCAAGUUCAUCACCACGACCACUGUAAACAUGGGGAUAUGCGUCUACAAAGACGCGCGAUUUGCUAAGAUAUUCGGCGCCAAUCCUCCUCCUUCAUUGUCCCCGUCCACUGGACAGUCGUCGUCGCAACCCCAGUCGCCUCCCCAACCGCGCAUCCCCCAACAAUCACCGGCCUCCUGCCACCCCCCGGCCAACAGCACGACCAAGGUGCCCCGGACCUCGUUCGCGCUGUUCUGCCUGCGCGACAGCAUCACGAUCUUCGCAUCCUUCAAUGUCCCGGCGCUCGUCAGCCCCUGGAUUCCCGACGUCGUGGCAUCCUCGCCACGCGCCAAAUCCACCAUGGCGCAGUUCGCCUGUCCGGCGCUGAUGCAGUUCGCUAGUACCCCUAUGCACCUGCUCGGUCUGGAUCUGUAUAACCGGCAGGACGCCCGGCUGGGGUGGCGGGAGCGAGCGUUGCGCAUCCGGCGCGAUUACGUGCCCAGUUGCUUCGCGCGCAUGGGCAAGAUUGUGCCGGCGUACGGGGUAGGCGGGGUGGCAAACGUGCGGUUGAGAGAAUGGGGGAUGAAUUUGCUGGAGGGGAAAUAAUGCCCUUUCCUUUCUCGCGUUUGACCUCCAAUGCACUAUUUGGGUGUAGGCGAUCGGGGUGCGACGAUGAUGAUGACAGGUGUGGUUGGUGAGUUGGUGAUUCAAACUCUCUACUCUUUUUCUUACAUUUCGUUUCACAUAUUCUGGGAUCUAGGGAUUGGGUUAAUGGCGUUUAGACAUGACUUGACAUGGUUUGGCGUUGGUGGGUGCAUAUAUUCAUUUCCAUUGCUUCCCUUCGGGUUCAAGUACUUUAUAUAGUACCGUCUUACUUGGCACAGCACAGAGCAUAGGUAAUCAGUCAUGAGAUAGAUUAAUAGAAUCUAGACGAGGUAUCUCAUCAUACCAUGUAUCAUAUCGGAUCA